GAAAAGCUCGCGAUCUCACGGGGCAGAGAGAGAGAGAGAGAGAGAGGGAGGAAGAGGGUGGAGAAGACGACGAUUCCGUCUGUUGAUUCGUUCCUUCUUAUUUUUUUGUUGUUUCGAUUUUUGCUUGGAGAUUGCUCGGAUAGGGGCCGGGACUCGCCGGAUUGCUCCGCGAUUCGCCGGGAUUUCUUCUUUUUGAUUUUUUCUGACGAGUUUGUCAUCGGUCGCCGUCGCCGAUUGAGCGGUUCGAUUGGCCAUUGUUGUCGAGAUGGUGAACUCUAUGGUGGAGAGAGCAACGACCGACAUGCUCAUCGGACCUGAUUGGGCGAUGAACAUUGAGAUCUGUGACAUCCUCAAUCACGACCCCGGGCAAGCUAAGGAUGUAGUUAAAGGCAUAAAGAAGCGUCUUGGAAGCAAGAAUCCUAAGGUUCAACUCUUGGCUUUAACGUUAUUGGAGACAAUUAUAAAGAAUUGUGGAGACAUUGUUCAUAUGCAUGUUGCUGAGAGAGAUGUUCUUCAUGAGAUGGUGAAAAUGGUGAAGAAGAAGCCCGAUAUGCAUGUCAAAGAGAAGAUACUGAUCUUGAUAGAUACUUGGCAAGAAGCUUUUGGAGGACCAAGGGCACGAUAUCCUCAAUACUAUGCUGCCUACCAGGAGUUGCUGCGAGCAGGAGCAGUGUUCCCUCAGAGAGCGGAGGGUUCUGCACCGGUUUUUACACCUCCACAAACACAACCUCUUUCUUCAUAUCCGCAAAAUAUUCGCAAUGCUGAUCACCGGCCGGAGGCAUCUGAGUCUUCUGCGGAGUCUGAGUUUCCCACAUUAAGCUUGACAGAAAUACAGAAUGCACGCGGGAUCAUGGAUGUGCUUGCAGAAAUGCUGAAUGCCAUAGAUCCUGGGAACAAGGAGGGGCUUAGGCAGGAGGUCAUUGUUGAUUUGGUAGAGCAGUGCCGCACCUACAAGCAGAGAGUGGUGCACCUUGUAAAUUCAACAUCGGAUGAGUCACUUCUACGUCAAGGAUUAGCGCUGAAUGAUGACUUGCAGCGUGUACUUGCCAAGCAUGAAGUCAUUGCUUCUGGAUCUUCAGUCAAGGUAGAGAAAAUCCAGCCGGAAUCUUCUGGCACCACGACGGAUGUCAAAGGUCCUUUACUUGAUAUUGGUGAUAACAGCAAAAAGCCUGAUGAAAGAUCAACAUCAAGUGCUGGUACAGGGUCUCAAACGUUAAAUCAGUUGCUGCUUCCCGCUCCAUCCUCCUCCAACGGUCCUGCUGCUCCAGCUAAAAUUGAUCCGAAAAUGGACCUUCUCAGUGGAGAGGACUACAGCUCUCCAAAAGCAGAUACUUCACUAGCACUUGUGCCUGUUGGACAACCACAGACAACUGCAGCUCAGUCGCAGCAGAAUGCGCUCGUUCUUUUUGAUGUGUUUUCGGACAGUAACAACCAGCCCAAUGCCAUCAAUACCCAGGGUGGCUAUUCAACUACACACAGCAAUCCUUCUACUCCUCAAUUCCAGCAGCAGCAGAAUCUGCAAGCUCCACAAUUUGGAGUUUAUGCUAAUGGCAGCAUGCCAAACAUGGGAUCGAACCAGCACGAUCAACUACCUUAUUCUCAAAGCUCUGUUCCUGUUUGGAAUGGCCAUACGGCGCAGCAGCAACAGCCUCCCUCUCCUGUCUAUGGUGCUCAAACUAGUGAUUCGCUACCACCACCACCUUGGGAAGCUCAGUCAAUGGAAAACAGCCAACUGAUGGGCACUCAGUACCCCCAACCAAUGCAAGGUUCGCAGGCGGUUGUCACACAUGCACAACCUGCUCUGAGUGGAUUGCAUCCCCAGGCACCUUAUCAAAUGGGGAAUGAGCAAGCGAUGGGCAUGUACAUGCAACCAGUUGCAGGUGGCCACUUGCCCUCGCUGAAUAACCAGGUUGUUCCAACAAACCAAAUGGUAGGACUACCACCUCAGCCCCUCCAAGGAGGUCCUUAUAUGGGGAUGGUUCAUCAGCCAAUGCAAGUAGGUCAGAUGGCUUAUAUGUAUCCCCAGCAAAUGUAUGGCAGCCAGGUGGCAGCCUAUGGCUAUGGCCAACAAGGUGCUCAGUACCUUGACCAGCGGAUGUAUGGGCUAUCGGUUCAAGAUGACAGUAGCUUAAGGAACUCUUCAUACCAGGUGUCCACUUCAUCAUAUGUGCCGCCCAUGAAGCCUUCAAAGCCAGAGGACAAGCUAUUUGGAGAUCUUGUUAAUAUGGCUAAAGUGAAAUCGUCUGCAAAAUCUAAUACACCAGGCAGAGCUGGUAGCAUGUAGCAGUAGUAUUUGCCAAUCAUGUUUUGCUUGUUAACUUGAUUCCUUUUGAUUUUCUUAUUUCGAAUUUUUCUAUUAUACAUAUUUGGCAGUUUCUUCUGUUUGCGGCCAUGUAUUGGCACUACUCGUUUGGCAUUGAGAUCAUGUACAUUCUUUGUAAAGGGAAAGAAAAGGAAUUCUCCUCGACCUUUUAUCUCUUA